AUAUCCGCAGCCGUCCAGCAUUUAUGGAACUUGGACGAUAACCGUCUUGACCCUGAAGCCGACUAUACAAUGAAUGUUCAAAGCGGCAAGAAACCGUUUUGGAAAGAAGAUGGCGCAAAUGAUCCCCUCUUUUCGGCUGUCGAUCGUGCCUGCUUUCAACGCCCGACAUACGCAGCGUUCAUCGCCUUGCUGGACAACUAUUCGGCCGAGACCGGAGUCGCAGAAGUUGUGUCGGACGCGGAACGUAGUGAAGUGUCAACUUUCUUGAACGCUGUCAUGGAGACGAAACCGAUGCAGUUCUGCCACCAGUAUUGUCGUGCUAAAGACCCAGACGGUGUUCCCUCCAGUUCUCAAGAGUUCAAGGGCCUUCUCAAGAAGAUUUGGUUUGAUCUCUACCGUCGUGAACAGACUGGUGAUUCGUCUGGAUUCGAGCACGUUUUUGUGGGCGAAGUCAAGAACGGUGAAGUUAGCGGAUUCCAUAAUUGGAUCCAGUUCUAUUUGGAAGAACAAAAGGGUGGAUUGGACUACCGUGGCUACAUCAAACCUCGUAGUCAGACCGAUGCGUUGGCGGAUGCGAACGACUACUUGCUCAGCUUGCAGUUUUCGUGGCACGGGGUAGAAAAGUUUGUUAGCACGAGCUUCAUUGGUGUUAGCCCCGAAUUUGAGCUUGCCCUUUACACCAUGUGCUUUUUGGUUGGAGAAGAGGAGAACGAUGUCGAACUCAACACAGGCGGAGCCGAGAACGAUGCCUAUGGGCUCAAGAUCAAAUGCUACAAGAUUGCCCGGGAUAAGGUCGGGACAAGCUUCCCC